GGCGCGAAAACCCAAUUGACAAGAACUCCCGCCGAAGCCCCGCGGCCCUACCUGCGCUAAGUCUGUUGUGCCCACUCCGCCCGGGCUCGCGCGCUCAGCCGGGGACACCCGCCUUGGGGACAGUGCAGGGGCCGGCCGCGCCCCGGGCCUCGCUGCCUGCACUUCCUCACCGCCUUCUCUGGCCUCGGCUGGGCCGAGCUGGGCCCGGACUUGGUUGCCCGCUUUGGGCCGCAGGGCGCGGGGAGCACCGAGACCCAGCGGCCCCCAGGUUGUCCCUCCGGGACCGGCCGCCUCUAUGGCCUCCAGCCAGGCCGGGCCGGACCGCUGGAGGUCCUAGGAGCCGGGGUUCACGGAGGCGGGGAUCAUGGUGGGGGUCCUGACCAUGGCGGCUUCAGCAGCUCCCCCUCCCGUGAAGGGCUACGAGAUCGAGCCAUGCAAAAAGCGAAGAAAAGAUGAUGACAGCUCUUCCUGUGAAACAAUUACCAAAUAUUUAUCACCAAUAAGGAAGACUGGAGACAAGGUUUUCUCUCCACCAAAACCCAGUAAUAUUCUGCAUUAUUUUAGAAAGACUUCACCCACAAAAGAGAAGCUACAAUCAACAAAAGAGUGCAAGACAAAAUCAUCUACCCCAUUGCUUGUCAAUAAUAGCAAAGAAUUUAAGAAGAAAGGAAAGAGAGUUAAUUUGUCUCAUCAACUGAAUAAUAUUAAGGUUGAAUCUCCAAUUGAAAUUAAUAGUGAUGAUAGUAAAGAGGAUUGUAGUUUAAAUGAUUUUGUGGAAAGUAGUACUUCUGUUUUACUUUACAGGAAACAUGUAGAGGUUCUUGGGGAAAGCAUUCAAGAUAGUAAAAACCAAUCAAUUAGUAUGACUUCCAAAACAAAAUUUAAGAAAGUAAAUUCUAAACAAGGUACCACAAAAAAUAAUGGCAAAAAGUUGAGAAAAAGGAAGUAUGGUGAUGUAAUAGAUCUGUCUGAAUGUUUUCCCUUGGUAGAAGAAAUAAAUCUGCUUAAAAAAGAUGGUAAAAACAGUAAACAGACACAACCUUUCCCUGUUAAGGAGAACCAGAGGACUACAAAUCAUGCAUGCUCCAGGGAUCAUGUAACUGAAAGAACCAAUUUAAACGAUAGUACAAUAACGGUCUCAUAUGAGGAAUUUUUAAAGAGUCACAAGGAAACUAAAGUGGAAGAGGUACCUGACUCUGCAUUGCCAAUUUGUGUUCCUUCUGAAACUGUUGAAACAGUCAAAAGUGGUUAUGUAAAUGAAUCAGAAAACUGUGAGCUAUCUCAGCAGGUACGCUAUAAGACAGUUACUGUUCUUGCACAAGUUCACCCCACUCCACCCAAAAGGAAAGGGAAAAUACCCACAAUUUUCUUGAAACAAAAACAAUCUGAGAUGGAGAGUAGUCUAUCAGAUCCUGAAAAUGAACAGACAGUUCAGAAAAGAAAAUCUAAUGUUGUUAUACAGGAGGAAGAAUUAGAAUUGGCAGUGCUGGAAGCUGGGAGUUCUGAAGCCUCAAAACCAAAAUGUACCCUAGAAGAGAGACAGCAGUUUAUGAAUGCAUUCAGGCAGCCGCCAUCAGAAACACCUAAAGAUGGGGUCAAGAAACCUUUGGAUAAACAGAAGGACCUCAGUGAAAAAUCUUCAAGUGAAGAAGGCGAAAAUAAUUCCCAAAAAACUAUGGAAAAUCCUAGUAUCCCAAUGUUUUCAAAUCUUGGCAAUUCACAGUUAUUCAUUGACGAGGAAAGUUUUCCUAAGGAGAGAAGUAAAAAGCUCAAGAAACAGGGUAAGAAAACAUUAGCUAUGAAGACUACUCCAGGUGAAAACAGAGAAGAAAAUAUGCCAAAGAAAGAAGCAACCUUUUCCUUAAAAGAUAAACAAAAUCAAAAUAGCCUUAGAAUGAGUUUAAGACAAAAGAAAUCAGGAGCUGUCAAAAGCAGUACGUUGUUUAACAGUGGAAGUCUUGUUUGUGAAGCUAUAGCAAAUGGCAAUCCUCUAAAAACUUCGCUGUGUGACAAGAAUAAAUCAUCAAGAAAAAGCAGCACACCAAUCAGGGAUAAGGUCACACACUCUAAAGCUGAGCCUGAAAACAGACCUGUCAGUGCCUCCACAUCCAAAUCCAUCAGGAGAUCUAUAAGAAGUAGCAGUAGACCUGCGAUGAGAACCCUUGGAGGUACUGAUUCUGAAGGUUCCCAAGAUGCUAGUCCAGUGAAGACUUCCACUCCAAAAGCAGCUAGCAUGUCAGAAAAGCAUAGCCUGUACAUGGCGGAAUUAAUAACGGUACCUUCCGAUUCAGAGAGCCCCAUUAGAAUGAAAUUCACAAGAAUUAGUACUCCCAAAAAAUCUAAGAAAAAAUAUAAGAAACCUGAAGCAACUGAUGGAGAUCUUACUUCUCAGACUAGAAAGGCAAACAAUACUUCAAAAAAUAUAUCAAAAGCAAAGCAGUUGAUUGAAAAGGCAAAAGCUUUACGCAUUAGUAGAUCAAAAGGUACUGAAGAAAUAGUGAUACCUUUAAGACGUUCUUCUAGACAUCAGACACUUCCUGAAAGGGAGAAAUCACCAGAGACUGAUGAUUCUGUAAUACUAAUAGAUUCAAGUCUGACUUCUCUAAAACAACCAGAGAAAAAUCAGAAGAAACUUCAGUGUUUGAAUGAUGUACUAGGAAAAAAACUUAAGCCUUCUAAAAAUGUACCUGGAAAAAUGAAAAUCGCUCCUUUAUUUCUUGCCAAAAAGGCUAAACAAGCGGCCGAUCCUGUCCUUGGUUUUGAUGAAAGCAGUCAAGAUGCAUCUGAAAAAUCUCAGGAUUGUGAUACACAAUUUAAAGCAAAGCGUGAUUUUCUAAUGAGUGGUUUGCCAGAGUCAUUGAAACGACAAAUUGCAAAGAAAGCUGCUGCACUGGAUAUAUACAGUGCAGUGAGUACCAGUUUCCAGAGAGUCGUUCAUGUGCAACAAAAGGAUGAUGAGUAUUGGUUAUGGCAUUUGAAACAACCCUCUUGUCCUUUAUUAACUACAUUUAAAGAAUUGAAUACUAAAGUAACAGAUCACUCAAAAUGUGUUAUUGCUCUUGGUGAAUUUUCAACAUUGAAUUCAAAUCCAAAAAGUAAUUCUGCUGUUGUGUUUAUGAGUACAAGGAAAGAUUUCACUAAAGAAGUAAGAAAUCUUUUGCUGGAGGAAAUUAUGUGGUCAAAUCCUGAAUUUUCUUUGAGAAAAUAUUUUCCCUUGCUUCUGAAAAAACGAAUUGAGCACCAGGUACUUUCUGAGUGUCAAGGUAAACAAGAAAGUUCACAACUACAGCCUGAUAUCAGUCAUAAAGAAACCAAAAGGAAACGAGUGGAAAUAGGAAGCCAGAAGUCAAAAAGAAGGAAACCAAAUGAAUAUUCAGUAAGUUCAGAAAUGAUAAAUGGGAAGUCAGAAGAGCUUGACAAAAGAAACAACUCUCCUGGGAUAAAGCACAAUUCUUCCAAAGAUUCUGGAACUGAAGACAUGCUUUGGACAGAAAAAUACCAACCCCAGAAUGCAAAUGAGCUCAUAGGCAAUGAGCUGGCUAUAAAAAAGUUAUAUAGUUGGUUGAAAGACUGGAAAAGAAAAGCUGAACUGGAAGAAAAACAGAAUUUGAAGGGAAAAAGAGAUGAGAAACAGGAAGAUUUGUCAGAUACCAUAGACUUCAAGGGCAGUUCAGAUGAUGAAGGAGAGAGUCAUCUUUGCAAUACUGUUCUUAUAACAGGGCCAACAGGAGUGGGAAAAACUGCCGCAGUCUAUGCAUGUGCUCAGGAGCUUGGAUUUAAGAUAUUUGAAGUGAAUGCCUCUUCCCAGCGAAGUGGUAGGCAAAUCCUAUCUCAACUGAAGGAAGCUACUCAGUCCCAUCAAGUAGAUAAGCAAGGUGUAAACUCACAGAAACCCUGUUUUUUUAAUAACUUCAAUAUUGGCAAGUCACCAAAAAAAUUAAAUUCCCCUAAGAAAGUUCUUACAUCACCAAGGAAGCUCCCUCCAUCAUCACCAAAAUGUAGUGGGCAAAAGCGAGCACUUCCCCCUAAAACCUUGGCAAAUUACUUUAAAGUGUCCUCCAAGUCCAAAAAUAAUGAAGUAGGAGCACUUACGGGAAAUGAUAAAGGUGUCAAACAUUCUUUAGAACAAAGGCAGAUUACUCAGACUAAAUCUAUAAAUGCAAAUAAUUCAAAUAUUAAAGAAUUUGGAGCAGAAGAAUCCAACAGGAAAAAAGCAACAUCUCUUAUCCUCUUUGAGGAGGUUGAUGUGAUUUUUGAUGAAGAUGCUGGAUUUUUGAAUGCAAUCAAAACAUUCAUGGCAACAACUAAACGACCUGUAAUCCUUACUACAAGUGAUCCAACAUUUAGUUUGGUGUUUGAUGGCUGCUUUGAAGAAAUCAAUUUCAAUAUUCCUUCUCUGCUAAAUGUUGCCAGCUACCUACAAAUGAUCUGCUUAGCUGAGAAUUUCAGAACCGAUGUAAAAGACUUUAUAACCUUGUUGACUGCAAAUGCUUGUGAUAUCAGAAAAAGUAUCCUUUACCUACAGUUUUGGAUUAGAAGUGGAGGUGGAUUUUUAGAAGAAAAGUUGUUGUCACAAUGUGAAGGAAAUAGCAGAAAUGUACUGGUUUGCUCUGAAGAUGGCCCCCAUUCAAAGAAGAAAAAUACUAAAAAGAAUCGUGUAGCCCUUCCCAAAUGCGACACCGGCUGUGUUGAGACUUUGUUUGGGCUCAGAAACAUUUUUUCCCCAUCCGAAGGUUUAUUUUCAUUUUUAAAGCACAAGAUCACAACCAAGGAAGAAUGGAAUAAACUCAUCCAGCUUCUCACAGAAUUCCACAUGGGGAAUGUAGAUUUUUUACAUAGUAAUCUUGAGUUCAUUCUGCCAUUACCAGUUGAUGUCCUUCCAGAAGUACAAGAUGCUUGUGGCUCAUCAGUGACUGCAGAUGGCAGUGCAGCAAGAAGCAUCAAGUGUCUUCCCAGGAAACAGUCAGAUCAGCCACUGAAAAAACCACAGAAGAAACAGAAGAAGAUGGUGAUCCUAGAUGACAGUGACUUAUUUGAGACUGGACUGGACUUUUCUGAUGAAUUUAGUAGCUUAUCUCCUGCACUUUCCUCAAAUUUAGAAGAAAGCACAGGCAGAGACAGAGAAAGCAACCUAGAGACAAAGACAAAAAAUAAAUGUUUAGAGCAUGACUCUAAACCUGUUCCCCAUCCUCCCAAAACACUAGCAGAAAAGAAGUGUUCUGUCCUUGUUUCCCAUUGUUUAAAUUCUCUCACUGAGUUCAUGGAUAACAUGUCUUUCUUAGAUGCUCUUUUAACAGACCCAAGGAAACAAAAUGAAUUUGGUAAAAAUGACUUUCACUGGACAAGCGGAAAGGUUAAAAGCGGACUUUGUGAUGAGUUUAGUCUUGAGAGCCCUGCUGGAUGGACCUCCUGGGGUUCUGGGGAAUUAAAGGCAGCUGCGGAAGCUCUCAGCUUCACCAAAUGUUCUUCUUCUAUUGCAAAAGCACUGGAAUCCUUGAAUUCAUGCAAGAAAUUAGGAAGAGAUCCAAGCAAUGAUCUUACUUUCUAUGUUUCACAAAGGCGCAGCAAAGUAUGCUUUAGCCACUCAGCAGCUAACUUGGACAAUGCCGACAAGCCGACAGCAGUCAUUAAAAGUGUGUUUUCUAGUCGAGCUCUUCUGAACGUGAAUAAUAAGCAAGCUAGUAUAACUGAGUAUCUGCCGGCUCUUCGGAACAUUUGUCGAACUGAGAAGCUAAAAGAACAAGGAAAAAGUAAACGAAGGUUCCUGCACUACUUUGAAGGAAUUCAUCUGGACAUUCCUAAAGAGACUGUGAAUACCCUAGCAGCUGACUUUCCUUAAUAUUCCCCAUUAAUAAUGUCUUGUAUAGAUUAUAUGAUCCUAAGAAACAUUUUUAAAUUAUGUUGAUUUUCACAGAAAAGUUUAUUUCUCUUAAUGUAAAUAUAAAAGACUGUAUUUUUUUGUUGUGUAAAAAUUUAAAGUGAUAAACUUGAAAUACAAACUGUAUAUGUGACUUGACAGAUUUUUUUUCUGAAUGUUUUUAUAGCCUCUGUUUUCACUUUGUUGGUGUGUGUGUGCUGUUUAUAGAAGGCAGAGUUCACUAAGAUGUGUCUCAAGAUGUUUCUAUGCUGAACUGAUCUGUAACUUUUCCGUCCCCUUGUGUCCUGUCCACCCUCUGUUAGUCUGUCCUGUUGUGCAUUGGAAACACCUACUUGGUAAUCUCUCUAUAGUUUACACAAUGUAAAACAAAAUUUCGUAUGAAAUAUUUUUUAACUUCCUAGGAAGGAAAUUGUGCUUCACUUUUCAACAGUGUUGAGCUUCCUCUCAGCUUUAGUUCGCGCAUACUCCUCUAGCAUGUUUUGCCACUGAAUCAUUGAAUGUCGGCAAAAUAAAAUCCACAUUCUGAACUCGUUUUUAUAAAUCUUUCUUAACACCCACUGUAGGUAAUGUCUUGUAUAUUUUGCCAACUCAAAUAAUUUUUACAUUUUCCUGUACUUUUAGAUCAUGAUGUUUUACUUCAUAAACACAAUGACAUUAAUAUUUAGACAAGUUGUUGUUGGUUGAAACGGUAACAAAGGAUUCUACCAUAGCUUCUAUAUAACAGCCAUUUCCACUUAUGGUUUGUUUUGUUCUGUUUUUGCAGUGCUGAGGAUUAAGCUCAGGGCUUUGUGCAUUCUUGACAAGCCCUCUAUUAGUACUUACCUAGGCCUUAUGGUUUUGCUUUUGAAUUUUUUUGUGGUGCUAGAGAAUAAACCCAGGGUCUUGUACAUCCUAUGGAAGCACUCAACCACUGAGUUAGAACCCCACUCUGAUUGUGUUUGAGACAUGUUCUGGCUGUAUUGUCUAGGCUGGCCCUCAACUCCUAGGUUUAAGAAAUCUCCUGCCUCAGUCCCUCACAUACUGGGGACAAUAGACAUAUGCUACCAUACUUAACAAGGUUAUGUUUCUUUUUUUUUUUUAAGUACUUAUGUUUUACUUAGUAGCAAGAUUUUAAAAUGUCAUAUUUCCCUUAAUGUUAUUUUGCAGUCAGAUAAUCAGGUAUGUUUAAAAUUGCUCCAUAUUGCAAAUGUUUAUAUUAUGUAAUAAUUUAAUAUUCAGAUACAUUAUCUGAUGAAUUGUAUUUUUAACUCAAAAGGAUCCUAGUUUUGUACUUUUUUAAAAGUAUAGAUGCAUACCUGUUUACAAAUGUGUAUGAAGAUGUGUUUUUAAUCUCUUACUUGUUCAGCCUACCUAUUCUUAUAUUAAUUAGUAAAUUGAUCUGAUUAAAAAUUGAAGCUAAAGGCUUUCUGUGGUAUUUAAAUGGUUCAAGUUGUAAUUAUAGUAGUGUAUAUAUAUUGUAUACAUUCAGAUAAACACUGCAACGUACAUGCUUCUUCA